UCUUCUCACACUUCUUCACCACGAUUCUUCUUUUUGAAACCAAUCUUUGAUUCUCUUUGGUCUUUGAUUUGAGGAUUCGUUUGUUUUCCAAAGGUGUCUACGGAUUCAAUUGAGUAUGGAGAAGAAACGAGAGGUUUCGGAGUACAGAGAGAGACUUAAUGAGACCUUGUCGUCUCCUGAGCUCGUUAAUGAGCAAACUCUUAAAACUCUAGUCAGAAAACAGCUCAAUGAAGAGUGUAGUGUUGAUAUAUUGGAUCAAAGAGUAGCUGCUUUAUCCAGUACAAUUGAGAAGCUUAGGAGUGUAUCAACAAAGGAUCACGACUCGUCUAAAUCAAACAACGAGGCAUCUUAUGGUGAUUGGAAAGUGAAACAUGAUGAUGAAGAUUGUCGUGUUAUGUACCGUGAAGGACUUAAAGGAAGUCCAUUUCAUACAUUGCUAGUUGAAGGCUGCAUUGAUGGGACUAUUGAAGACUGUUUAUGUGUAUGCUGGGAAUCAUCAUUGUAUGAGAAAUGGUGGCCAAAGUUGACAUUUCCGACAUUCAAGGUCUUAGAAACUAAAUGCUUGCAAAAGUUUAGGAUUGAUAAACAGAUAUGUUUACUGAGGGUGAAAGCACCGUGGCCAUUGACAGACAGAGAAGCUAUUCUGCAGUAUUUCUUAUUCGAAUACUUUAAAGACGGUUUAGUCAUCAUCCUACUAAACUCGAUCGAAGUAGAGAGCGACAGUAUAGCUGAAGUAGUGAAUGCUGUGAGAAUUGACUUCGUAGGCGGAGUUGCGAUACAAAAAGUGACUCCGGAGAGGAGUUACCUAAGAUUUAUAGCGGAAGUAGACAUAAAGCUGGACUUGGUACCUCCAUCUCUUAUUAAUUUUAUGUCUAGGCAGCUUCUUGGCAACGGUUUCAAACUUUUCAAGAAGACUAUUGGUUCGGUGGCUGAAUCCGAUGACUACAAGAGAGUUUUAGCUGAUCCAUUGUAUACUCGUAUACAUGAAGCUCUGUAUUCUAGUGACAAAACUAAUGAAAUCUGCCAAGUAAAUGAGCUUCAUAGCCAACAAGGAAGAGAUUGUGAAGAACAAGAACCGAAGUUGGAAGCUGAUGAUCCAUAUAUGGCAAAAGAGAAUGAGACUCGCCAUUGCGAGAAUGAAUCUGUACCUAGCAAAAGAGAUGUUCCUGAGAUCGAGGAAGAAGAAUGUACUGAUCUAAAAGAAGAAGAAAAAAGUUUUCCUUCUUCUUCUUCUUCUUCAGAGGAGGAUGAAAAUGUCAUUGGGAAGACUCAAAACAAGAAAGUCAAAACACGUUUCUGCAUAAGUCCAGAGGUGAAGCAAGCUUUAGGGACAUUAGAAAGAGUGAUAUCAAUGGUUAGAAAAUCCAAAACAGAUAAUAAUAAUACAUCAACCUCUUCGGGGGAAGAAGAAGAAGAAGAAGAAGAAGCAUCAUCAUCACCAAUGCAGCAUUCAGGGAGCACUCAGAUUGUUUCUAGUAGCAAAGUUUGUAUUCAAGAUCCUAAAACUGAACUUCUUGAUGAAGCAUCCUUUGCACAUUAUCACAACAACAACAACAGCAACAAAAUAGCUCCUGCAUCACCCGAGAUCGAUCUAACAACAAACUCUGAGGUAACAAGGAUAACAGUCUCACAAGCCACAACUCUUUUCAGCCAAACAACAGAGAAUAGUGACGACAAACCGAGCGGUUUAAACGGAGGUAAGAGCUCAAAUCUGCAGAGGAAACGUAACCCGAGCUGCUUUGGUUUCAGAAGAAACUUGAAACAACAAUCUGAGAAAAGAGCGUUUUAUCUUGUUGAUUUUGGAAUCUCCUCCAUUACGAUGGAAGGUUCAGCUGAUCAAACUACGAAAGCGUUAUCUGAAUUAGCCAUGGAUUCUUCUACCACCUCGAAUGCUGCUGAGUCUAGCGCUGGUGAUGGAGCUGGACCUCGGAGUAAAAAUGCUCAGAAGAAGGAACUGAAAUUGAAGCAGAAAGAGGAAGAGAGGAAACGCAAGGAAGAAGAGAAGGCUAAACAAGCUCCGAAAGUAAGCUCCCAGAGCCAGAAGGCAGUGGCAGCAGAUGAUGAAGAGAUGGAUGCAACGCAAUACCAUGAGAACAGAUUGAAAUAUCUUGCGGCUGAGAAGGCUAAAGGGGAGAAUCCAUACCCUCACAAGUUCUCUGUGUCAAUGUCGAUUCCUGAAUACAUUGAGAAGUAUGGUAGUUUAAACAAUGGAGAUCAUGUUGAAGAUGCUAAUGAAUCUCUAGCUGGGCGGAUAAUGAGCAAGCGAUCUUCCUCUUCCAAGCUCUUCUUCUAUGAUCUACACGGUGAAGAUUACAAGGUCCAAGUCAUGGCUGAUGCAAGUAAGUCAGGAUUGGAUGAAGCUGAGUUCUUAAAGCUCCAUUCGAAUGUCAAGCGUGGUGAUAUUGUUGGAGUCACUGGGUUUCCAGGAAAAACUAAGAGGGGAGAAUUGAGUAUCUUUCCCCGAUCAUUUAUCCUUCUGUCCCAUUGCCUCCACAUGAUGCCGAGAAAGGCUGAUAAUGUUAAUGCAAAGAAACCUGAAAUCUGGGUUCCAGGUGAAACGAGAAAUCCUGAAGCAUAUGUUCUGAAAGAUCAGGAAUCAAGAUAUCGCCAGCGUUAUCUUGAUCUGAUGUUGAACGUGGAGGUUCGUCAGAUAUUCAAGACCAGAGCUCAUAUCAUCUCCUACAUCCGCAGAUUCCUCGACAGCAAAAAUUUCUUGGAGGUCGAGACACCUAUGAUGAACAUGAUUGCUGGUGGUGCAGCUGCUCGACCAUUUGUGACACAUCACAAUGAUCUAGAUAUGAGGCUGUACAUGCGUAUCGCACCUGAACUCUUUCUCAAGCAACUUAUAGUUGGUGGCUUGGAACGUGUUUACGAGAUAGGAAAGCAAUUUAGAAACGAGGGUAUUGACCUAACCCACAAUCCGGAGUUCACCACUUGCGAGUUCUAUAUGGCUUUCGCAGACUACAAUGACCUGAUGAAGAUGACUGAGGAUAUGUUGAGUGGCAUGGUCAAGGAGUUAACAGGUGGUUAUAAAAUCAAGUAUCAUGCUAAUGGGUAUGAUAAGGAUCCAAUUGAAAUCGACUUCAAGCCACCAUUCAGGAGGAUUGAGAUGAUAGGAGAGUUGGAGAAGGUGGCUAACCUCAAUAUACCAAAAGACUUGGCUAGCGAAGAAGCUAACAAGUAUCUGAUUGAUGCAUGUGCGAGGUUUGAUGUCAAAUGCCCUCCUCCUCAGACAACAGCUCGUUUGUUGGAUAAACUUGUUGGAGAAUUUUUGGAAGUGACAUGUGUGAACCCAACUUUCAUCAUCAACCAUCCCGAGAUCAUGAGUCCAUUGGCCAAAUGGCACAGAUCGAACAAUGUUUUGACAGAGAGAUUUGAGCUGUUCAUCAACAAACAUGAACUCUGCAACGCCUACACGGAGCUGAACGAUCCUGUGGUACAGCGCCAGCGUUUUGCUGAUCAGCUCAAGGAUCGACAAUCUGGAGAUGAUGAAGCGAUGGCUUUAGAUGAGACAUUUUGUAGUGCUUUAGAAUAUGGGUUGGCUCCAACAGGUGGUUGGGGAUUGGGUAUAGACAGACUUGCUAUGCUUUUCACUGACUCACAGAACAUCAAGGAGGUUAUUCUCUUCCCGGCAAUGAGGCCACCACAGGACGAGUCAGCACCUAAAGCUCCUUUAACAGAGGAGAAGAAAUAAGGAGAGUCUACACAAGUUUUCAGACUAAGCUUUUAAAGAUUGGUAGUCAAUUGGCUAUUAUGCACUCUGUUCUCAAGUUACUUGUAAUUGCAGACCAUAUUUUUCAAAAAAAUAUUUACCAAUUAGUUAUGAUCAAAAACCUUUGUAAGACUUUUUUGCAAUCGUUUUAGUCGUGAUUUCACUUUAAUAUUGAAGAGCGAAUUUGUAUUCAUGUAUUUCUGUAACAUGAGCUUACCGGUCUACACAUACAGAGAGUAAACUAAAGUGUAAAUG